AUGACAGUUCCCAUCACCCGUAAGGAGAUGAACAUGACAGCUCCCAUCACCCGUAAGGAGAUGAACAUGACAGCUCCCUUCACCCAUAGAGAGAUGAAUAUGACAGUUCCCAUCACCCGUAAAGUGAUGAACAUGACAGCUCCCAUCAUCCGUAAGCACAGUGAGCCAGGGCAACAGAUCAGCACCACGGAUCAGCACAGUGAACCAGGGCAACAGAUCAGCACUACGGAUCAGCACAGUGAGCCAGGGCAACAGAUCAGCACUACAGAUCAGCACAGUGAGCCAGGGCAACAGAUCAGCACAGUGAGCCAGGGCAACAGAUCAGCACCACGGAUCAGCACAGUGAGCCAGGGCAACAGAUCAGCACUACGGAUCAGCACAGUGAGCCAGGGCAACAGAUCAGCACCACGGAUCAGCACAGUGAGCCAGGGCAAUAGAUCAGCACUACGGAUCAGCACAGUGAGCCAGGGCAACAGAUCAGCACCACGGAUCAGCACAGUGAGCCAGGGCAACAGAUCAGCACUACGGAUCAGCACAGUGAGCCAGGGCAACAGAUCAGCACCACGGAUCAGCACAGUGAGCCAGGGCAACAGAUCAGCACUACGGAUCAGCACAGUGAGCCAGGGCAACAGAUCAGCACUACGGAUCAGCACAGUGAGCCAGGGCAACAGAUCAGCACCACGGAUCAGCACAAAUCUAAAGGGCCAUCAAAAAUUUUUAAGUGGAGAAAAAAUCUUGGCUAUUAGAGUAGAAGGCGGUGCAGGUGGUGGUCACAGGGUCCAGGACCCCCCACCUGCAGGAGAUGGAAGUAGUCACAGGGACCAGGACCCCCACCUGCAAGUGGAGGAAGUAGUCACAGGGACGAGGACUCCACCUGCAAGUGGAGGAAGUAGUCACAGGGACGAGGACCCCCACCUGCAGGUGGUGGAAGCACAGAUUAUUACUCCUGAACGACCAUAUCAGAUGCUAUCUACUCCUGAACGACCGUACCAUAUACAGUCCAUUUAA